GAAGCUUUCCUUUCCCUUUGCAAUUCCCUGCGGCAGCGCCCAGCCCCGUUUUGGAUUCGCUUUCCUUCUUUUCACUGUUACCGAGGUCGGCUGAAUCCCCACUCCGAGUAUCCACAGGGAUGGACCCAUAGGUCCCCAGCUUCAGAUUUAACGCACUAAUUGCUGCUAACUGCAUUAAUUUGUUGGAGUUUGGGUCUUCUGUGCAAUCCAGCCUGAAAGCAACGACCUUGGGACCGGCAUUUGUCGCCCCGCUGCACCACCUAUGUGGACACAGGAUAUCACCAGGGCCAUCGGCCCCUCUGAGGUGUCCCCAGAGCUGCUGCAGCCCCUGGUGACUGUGGUGGCCACCUUGGGCAAGUUGGGAGCCAUCCCUGGUGACAUCUCCCUGGGAGGGAACAUGGGCUCACUGCGGGCCAGGCUGCUGACCUUCAGCUCUGGUGUGCGCAGAGCCAUGGUGCACCCAGAUGGCGAUGCCACCCUCCUCCGACGCACCCUGGGGGCAUCCAAGGAACAGCCUGGUGCCCCCACAGCCAUCACUGACUCAUGGCAGAAGGCGGUGACCACAGUGAAGGACAUCUGGGCUGAGCUGCAGGAGGAUGCUGCAUGCCUGAGGGAUGCCUGUGGGAAUGUGGCUGCUGCCAAGGCCACCACUGAGGCCACCAAGGGCCACUUGGUGGAAGCGGUGAGACGAGAGGACAAAGCACACAAAGGGUUGAUAGCUGCCACCAGAGUGGUGCCUUUGUCCUCAGAGGUGGCCCAGGUCACAGAGGUGGUGGCAGCCCAUGAUAUGCGGGUGGCAGAGGCCAGGGAAGGGCUGCAGGCAGCCACCAAGGCCACCGAGGAGGUGGCAGUGGCGGUGGUGGCAGCAGUGGCAGCCAAGGAGAGGGGACAACAUGCGGCAGUGGCCCAUGGGCUCCUGGUGCAGUUGGUAGCUGCCUGUAUGGGGACCUAUAACUACUAUAGUCAUGUGGAGCAUUGUCUCAAGGACAUCAAGGCCAUGGUGGGUGUCACUACUGGAGAUGCUGGCCCUGAUGUCCUCAAGGCCACCCAGGGGGACAUGGGUAUCCCCAAGAAGCUAGCAGAGAUAGUGGUGGUGGCCGAGGUGCUGUGGGAUGCCAGUGCCCGCCUGACCCGGGAGUACCUCUUGGGGACACUGCGGAGUGUUCGGAGCCUACUGGCCACCUCCAGUGUCACUGAGGCCACCAAGGUCACCCAGUGCUGCCAAGAGGCCACCAAUGCCCUCCCUGGGCUGCUGCCACCGGGGCUGUGCUAGGGGACAAACACGUCCAUCAGGGACCAGUGGUACCAACACCACCAUGAAAUCAUGGAGACUGCAGAUGGGGCCUUCAGGACCGCCAUUUCAACCACCAAUGGAGUGAGGGCUGUCACAAGAUGUCACCCCAGUGUCACCUCCAUGCAUCCCCUCAACACCUCCAGAGACAGGGAUGCCACCACUUCCUGAUAAAAAUGGGAAAACAGUUUUGUUUUAUAAAAAUUAUUUUGUUUUAUAAAAAUGGUUUUGUUUUAUAAAAAUGUUACCGCUUGACGAGUUUCU